CUUGAACAAAGUAUUAGGCACGUUUGUACUGCACCGAGUAGCCGAGCUGAAAACUAAAGCCCCGGCCCUCCGGUGGUCCGGUGACCAUGAAAGCGACGACAUAGCUGUAGGUGCAUGGUGUCGUCUGCCCUCGCCCCCCUCGGUUUCCCACACCACACACCUGCCGCGCGCGGAAUACGGCAGUGUUGAGCGCGCCGCAGGGGCUCCAAGCUUAGCUAGCUAGCAGGAGUAGGAGAGGAAGAAGAAGAGGGUCGUCGCCGCCGCGCAUGAAGAGGGAGCAGUCGUUGUCCUUUGAGUUCGGGGAUCCCAGUGCCCAAGAUGCUAUGGGAUCUGCCUCGGAGUCGUCUUACAGUUACAGCCCUCCCGGCGGAGCUGUCUUUGGGCUCUCCCCACCGGAGUCCUCGCCGCGCAGCGGCCGGAAUAAUAACAGAAGGAGGGAUAGACCUUCAUGGGUCAGACUUACGGACACACCUUAUUUUGAUGGUCACCUGUGGAGGAAAUAUGGGCAAAAGAAAAUCAAGGAUGCUGAGUACCCUAGGCUAUACUUCAGAUGUUCUUACCGUGAGGACAGGCACUGUCUAGCCUCGAAGCUGCUGCAACAGAAGAACGAUGACGACCCACCAUUGUAUGAGGUGACCUACACGUAUGAGCACACGUGCGGCGCGCCACCCGUCUCGUUUCCGGAUAUCGUGGCUGAGCCGCCGGUGUCCACGGAUGGUCUGGUGCUUAGGUUCGAUUCCCCCAGCAGCGACGCAUGGAUGCAACAGAACGGACGCUACCACUCGACAUCUCGGAGCGCGUUCAUGAUGCUGAGCUUUGGUUCCAGUAGUCAGACGCACGAUCAACAACCUGCUGUGUUCCGCUCUGACUUGGAGGCUGGAUUGUCGUCUUUUCCAACCGAGGGGCUACCGCCGGCGCCACCACCUGCAAAUGACGAUGACGGGGACAUGUUGUCGAAAUUGAACUCCUUCGCAUAUGAUUUCGACAAUCAAAUGCACUUCGGCGAUCACACAUAUUUACCUCAUAAUAGCAGUAAUUAUGAUCAUGAUGAUCACUGAUCAAAUGUGUGUAAGCACUUCGAAUUGGAAGUCUUCUUAGAAGUAGCGUACUUUGAUCUUUAUGUGAAAAUAUAUUUAUAAAAGACUGGUAUAUGGAUGUCUACUUACUCAAGUAAGUUCCACAAUAUAUGUAAAUCUUUUGUC